AUGUUGUGGCAGAUGGCCUUCGUCGUCAAGACAAGAUAUGGCGAGAACGAGGUUCCUGACACCAUGACCAUACAAGGCAUCUAUGACACCAAAGUGGAGUCCUACACCUUCAGCUCAACAGAAGAGUACCGGCAGUACCUGGCGGAAAAAUCAGCCGUUACGUCUGCUAAGGCGAUGUUCCAGGAGGAAAUCAACAAGGCGUCUGGACAUGGAGCAGGGGGCGGACCAUUUGGAUUUCUGUUCUCCGUAGGAGGGGGAAAAUCCAGUCAGAGUGGCACAUCUAGCCAAUCAUCAGGAUUCACUGCGGCCUCCAGUGCACGUGCCCAGCUGAGCGAGCAACAAACACAGACAUUCAUGGCUAUGUUGGAGAUGGACAUUUUCAGAACCGCGGAUAAGCAGGGGACCUGCAGCACAUGGGUUUUAACUGACUUCAGCAAGGCGUUUGACCUUGUUGACCACACAGUGGCAAUGAGGCAUCUACUUGAGAUCGGUGUUCGGCCAGAAGUAAUUCCGUGGAUCGCCAGCUUCCAUGAAGGGCGGACUCAGAGAACGAGAUACCGGGGGGCGUUGUCCCACACAAAGCGUCUUACGUGUGGCUUGGCUCAAGGCACAAAGCUCGGUCAAAUUGUCUUCAUAGCCCAUGUUAACGAACUACCCAGCAUUGUAGCUUCUCCGUCUUGGGCAUUUGUAGACGAUCUCAACCUUGUUGAGUCCCGACUGCUGUCCCAACCACCCAACAUACAGGACGAUCUGGACCAUCUUUCAGGUUGGACUGAGGACAACAGCAUGAAGCUCAAUCCGGGCAAAUGCAAAGCCAUGGUAAUCUGUUUUUCCCGCAUCCCACCACCACCUCCAGUUCUCAACAUUAACGGCCACCAGUUAACAGUUGUCAAAGUAGCCAAGUGUCUUGGAGUUACAUUUCAAGACGACUUGAGGUGGGACACUCACGUCACAGAAACAAACAAGAAGGGAAACCAGAGGCUGCACAUUCUAUGCAGACUACGUCAAUUCGACUUACCAACCGAAGACCUCGUAACGGUAUAUACAUGUUACAUCCGCCCUGUGCUGGAGUACGCCGCGCCACUCUGGCAUCCGGGCUUGACAAUAAAGCAACGUGAUCAGAUCGAACGCAUCCAGCGACGGGCUACCAGGAUAAUCCUGGGCAGGAAGUUUUCUACCUACGCUUUAGCGUGUGAAGUUCUCCAACUGCAAACACUGGAGGAACGCAGGGUCGAGCUUUGUGUAAAAUUCGCCAGGAAUGUCCUCACCUCGGACCUCUACAGGGACUGGCUACCACAAUAUGAGAUCUUCAUGGACGACGUGACGCCAGACCAGCUGAAUGUGGGUUUCCUGCGAGAUUUCAUCUCACUGCCAAAAUCCUAUUUCUCUCCUGGAGCAGAAAUUAUCUUCCAAAAUUUCUACCUCCGCUGGGGAACACACUACAUCAAGUCAGCCAAAUUUGGAGGCCAGCUGAAGAUCAUCAAAACGAAACAAGCUACAAAGGACCUGUCGAUGUCUGAAUUCGCCACUAGAGCUGAAGCUGACUGGAAGAUGACCAUGAGCACCUUCUCAGCUCAGGCGUCACAAACCAAGUCCAGCAGCUGGUGGCAUGAGCACGAGACGAAGUCUGAGUCAAAACAAGCCACGGGACAGGCAGCUUCCGGUUCAGAGUCUCAGACGAACAAUAGACAGGAGGAGAAAAUAUCAUCACAAGAGUACAGCAACGAGAUGUUGGUGGUACAAGGCGGAGACCAGCAGAUUGCCGCGGCCAUCACGGAGAUGUACACGACAUCCUUAACAACGGAGCUGAAGGACUGGUUAGAGUCUAUCAAAGACUACCCAAAACCCUUCUCCUUUGUGUUGAGACGUGUUACCGAUGUACUGAACGUCCCCUUUGAUUCGCUCUUUCCUGCAGGAGAAGUGGACUAUGGCUGCCUUGGUAAAACACAUCUGAAGACAGAAAAGGAAACGGGCAGACGGUACUACGUACAGACUACAACAAAGAGCAACGAGGGUAGUCAACACGAACUGAUACUGAAUACUACAAACACCAAUAAUAGCGCAACAGUGACAGUCUCUGAGAUUCGUUAUUGCAACUUCGCCGACCGUAAAGAUUUUGAGGAAAGCAUGAGCAAGAAAAGGAUGUCACUUGAGCGUGCUGUGACGGUUUACCUAGAAGAGGGUCGACUCCUGAGUUCAGACUUCCUCCUGCCCGCCGGAGAGGCAGGUUGUGAAACCGCCAUGUUAGCCUUCCUUCAGGGAAACAACACCGGCGUGCCCUCAUGGGACGACAUGAUCGGAGGGAAGGAGUUCACAGUCGUUUUCGACAUGCCGUACGACAUCCCGGGGAUCCUUCAGGCACAGGACGUCCUGGAACUGAAGUUCUUCCGUCACCUGUGGUUUUCCACUAGGAGAGGGGCUAUACCUCAUCUGUAUGACGGCUAUGACAACGGAGGAAGCAACGACGUUCAAUUCAAGAAGCUCAGCGUUCAGGGCCUUGUCAUGACGUAUGACGAGGAAACCGGCGUCUUCACUGUAACGGAUGACGACUACAAUGCCUCAAAAUCAUUCCUACAUGACUUAUCGACAUGGAUAAAAGGUCGCAUUGUAGCCAGAUCUGAGUACAAGAAAUUACUCAACCACCUGAGUCAGAAAUCUGAUACAGUCGGAGACGUUCCGUGUAACAUUCAUUGGUCCAACGCACAUCGCUUUGACCCGACCGAUGGAGGAAAGUGCAUCCACUUCACUGCAGCGUCAGAAGGCGACAUCUUUGUAGUGUUCGCCAGCAUCCCACAGAACCAUGAGACUUGGGUGUACAUACAGAUCUCGCCAGAGGGUGUCGCAUUGUACAAGGCAAUGCGGCUACAAACUACCCAGCUGAACGGCAACGCCGGUGGCCUGGGUUCGGCCACCCUGUACCAGUCUUACUUUGUCUGUGUGACUGAAGAUGUGGAUGAGACUACCACAGUCGUCCAGUACGGGAAGACGCCUGACAAUGAGGAACAACCACAUGUGUGGCUGAGUUUCACAUUCCACGAGUUGGUGUCCCUUCGAUACUAUUCCUUCGGCAGUGGAGAUUCUCCCGUCAAGGUCAUGGGACUGUCACUGUUGGACAGUCCGGCGAAGGACUUCAUCAUCUGCCGACAAGGGACAGAGAUGAUCAACGGGGUCUGUCAACAGAAAUGCCACCCAGAAUGUGAAGGAUGCCGUACAAGCGGAUCGAACUCUCCAACUGACUGCAUCGCCUGUAAACAUCUGAAGCUGCCUUAUCCCUACAUAGAAGGGGGCAUUGGCGCUUUUGAAUGUGUCACACGGUGUCCGCAGCACAUGGAAUCUAAAAAUGGUACACAGAUAUGCUCAUGUAUUAAGAGGAUGCAGACGGAACACCCCGACGGCGUGGUGGACUGUGUCACUGACUGUCCCCUGACCCACUAUGAUGAAAACAACUUGUGCAAAGAAUGUAGCAGCUUUUGUAAAGAUGUCAGUGACGAAGGAAGGAGGGUUUGCUCAGGAACAUCUUCAGAAGAGUGUGACACGUGCAAGUAUCAACACGAGGGAAGUUGUGUGGAAGGUUGCAUACCCGGACAGAGAGCUUUCGGAGCCGCCCUUCUUCUCGGUGGUUCAAGUGAACACCAGACAUACCACAUUGGUCUGUACCUACUGCAGACGAAUGAAAGCCAACAGCCACUCUAUAAAGACAAUCGGCCUGUUUACAAACAUGAAGCAAGGGACUGGUACAUCUACUUCAUUAGUGAGACGCCGCGAUGGUGGAUAGGGCCUGACAUCCAUGAAGCUAAGGGAGGGCUUCAAGUGGCAGACAGCCAUGAUCUACCCGAGGACAUCACUGGAACCUGGAAAGUGUGGCAGGACAAAGAGAAGAGAUGGGUGGAGGACAGGAAUGUAACACUGCAGCCUGCAAAAGACACGCCCAUCACAUGCCGCCUAUGUCAGAUCGGUCAUGAGUGUAAACUCGGGGACGAGAGGGAGGACAUCUGUCCAAUGGGGACGGCCAGCAAUGACAAGAGGACGAUGUGCAUGCCGUGUGCAGCAGGAGAGUUCAGCAGCACUCCCGGAGCUGCGUCCUGUCAAAAGUGUCCAGCCGGGAAGUACAGUACAGGUGGGGGGUCCACUGGAUGCCUAGACUGUCCGGCUGGUAAAUACAGCGACACAGCAGGAUCCACGGGUUGCAAGGUUUGCCCUGCUGGAAGAUACAGCAGCACAGCCGGAUCAAACGGUUGUAUGCCCUGUCCAGCCGGAAGAUACAACAAUAAAUCGGAGGCAAAUGGCUGUAACCUCUGCCCUGCUGGAAAGUACAGCAAGGAAGUAGGAUCUACGGCUUGCAUGGCCUGUCCAUCCGGACAAUUCAGCAGCACGGCGGGGUCCACGGGUUGUACGGCCUGCCCUGCAGGAGAGUACAGCAGCACAGCAGGAUCAACGAGCUGCAGGGCCUGUCCUGCCGGAAAAUUCAGCAGCACCGGAGGAGCGACGCAUUGUACGGCUUGUGCUGCCGGGGAAUACAGCAGUACAACCGGAUCAGCGAGCUGUACGGCCUGUCCUGCUGGAAAAUAUAUCGGCAUAGAAGGAUCCACGGGAUGUGCAUUAUGUCCUGAAGGAAAGUUCAGCGGCACAGCAGGGUCCAGUAGUUGCACGAACUGUCCUGCCGGAAAAUACAGUAGUAGAGAGGGAUCUACGGCAUGUGUUGACUGUCCUGCCGGAAAAUACAGUGACGAAACGGGGUCGGAGGAGUGCAAGGACUGUCCUCCGGUAUUAUUCACCAGCGUAGCGGGGUCUGUGGGCUGUACGGCCUGUCGGAUGGGAGCGACCACUGAUGCAAAUGGCGGAUUUGCGUGCCAAGGUCCACAACGUACAAGUCUUGCCUGUGAAGGUCAGACAAUGACGCUGGAUUGCGACUUGGGUCAGGAGAUACAAGUACAGUACGCACUGUAUGGCCGUAAAGACCAUGGCAUUUGCCCAAGGGGUAUACACCUCACAGACAACUGUUACAGCUCCACCAGUCUAUCGAACGUGAGGAGCUCCUGUCAAGGUCAUCGUACUUGCUCUGUCCAGGCAUCAAACGACGUUUUUGGAGAGCCUUGCUUUGGCACAUCCAAGUAUCUACAGGUCAAGUUUACUUGCAUCGGCCGUUGGGCGGCAUGAGUAUGCUGUGAAAGCUUCUCCAGACUUCUCAAGAGAUGUGACCACACCCUUCAACUGUUGAUUCAUUUAAUAGAAUGGUUUGCAGCAUCUAAGGGUUUGCACUGUUAACUUGGGUUGUUACGAAACAAGGACUGUUUCGUAUUCUUGAUGAUGUAUUUACGAAGUUUUUCGUCAAAGAAAACGACUGUUUCAAAAACAUGUCGACAAUUACAAAGGUAAAUGUUUGGUCAGUUGAUGCAAUUUACAUUUUUAGCAUGCAGGUGUUUUACAGUUUGCCUAAAAAUCAGCACACCUAUGUACCUGCAAUGUAUUGCAUUAAACAUUGAUAUAGUCAGAUAAAACAUACAAUUACAUCACCAUUACAUAAUUCACUGUAAUUUUAUUUCAUUUAAAAUAUCAAAUCAGUUAUGUAACGUUGUAACACAAACAUAGAAGCCUGUUCAAAUGAAGUAAUUAUGUAUCUGGUAGCUUGUGUUUCCUAGAGUUGCUUGUAGAAUGUUUUGAAAGUCUUUGUAUUCAGCAUGGACCAUUUUGACAAUCCCUCACAAAACGUGUAGCGGUAUGGAUGAAAUUAGAUAACAUUCCUUAAUAGCAACGUGGACAGAAAUUAUAUUGGCAGUUGAAAACCACUUUUAAAAUGCUCAUUUAUAGGAAAUACAAUGUUAUUUUGUUACAUUUUAAGUUUGCCAGGUCACAUGUACAGGAGCCUGUGAUAAACUUGUUUAACUGUUAACUGUCAAAUAACUACAUCUUCCUAAAGGGGCGUAUGGAAAGAUAUUGAACAUGGGGAUUUACGAGUAUGUGUAAGGCACCAAAAAGUCACUUUGCUACAUGAACACACUAAAACAAGAGGUACGUGUGCCCAAAACGUUAUUUACCCAUAUAUUCAUAUUAAGCAUUUAUCCAUUAUUCCAUAUUUAUCAUUCACCAAAAUAUCAUCAGAUCACGAUAGAUAAGACGUAUACCACAGUUAUUUACACCACUUGAAUGUACCAAAGCUACAGAAUAAAAACAUGUUUACGAUGAAUUUUUGGAUUUGAUCAUUUACUCGUAGUUAAUACCAUGAAGUCAUUUACAAAUACAUAUAGAUAACUAUUAACUGACCAAAGAUGAAAUACAAACACUUUAAAAGGAAUCUUAAACUCCACAAAAGUGAAUGAUUAUCGAACAUAUUAAUUUUGAUAUAGAUUAGAAUCUAAAAAUGCAUAAUACUUCAGUACAUUAUACGAUAAAGUACUUACUAGUCUCACGUGCAUAAAAAAGCAUUCAGUAUUCUACCAAAUUUCCACGUUGAAGUGCUAUCAAGUUAUCUUACCUUAUGGCUGUAAACAAUGUGCCUGACAAAGAGUGGCAAAGUUAGCACGCAAAACUAAUUU